AGCUAGUAAAGGAGUGCACGGGGAAAGAUGAUGACUGACAGGCGACAGACAGGUGAAGAUGACAGCUGUUAUUGACUGAAUGACACUUUUUAUUUUUGCCUUUGACAGUGUAUGAAUAACAACUUGACUCCAAGAUUCUGCAGAAACCAGUUGAUCUGCGUGGGCAUCUGAUCUGCACAGAGCAUCAUACACACACAUAAUCUGUAGGCUGGCCAGGUGUAAGCUACAGGUUUAGGCACAGAUGCAUAUAGAUGGGACAGAGGGACAGGUCCAGGCUAACAAACAGGUAUUGGGGAUGAAGGAGAGAGGGCAGGUACCAGACAAAGAUCCCUGGCCAGUGGCCCCAGAGGUCAGAAAGAUGGCGGUUAAGGGACCCAGCUUUAAGCCCCAAAUGGAGGGGGUGAAGCAGACUCUGAGAGUGACGAACCCCUUGGCUCGGGAGUGUUUGGGAGAGCUGAUGGGAACAUUUGUUCUGCUGAUGUUUGGCUGUAGUGCAUCAGCCCAGGUGAAGACCAGUAGAGAGACUAAGGGACAGUACCUCUCAGCCAACAUGGCCUUCUCUGUAGGGGUCAUGUCUGCCAUGUACCUCUGCAAGGGGGUCUCAGGAGCCCAUCUGAACCCAGCGGUCACUCUGAGUUUCUGUUCGUUGGGCAGGGUGCCCUGGGUGAAGCUGCUCCCAUACGCUCUGUGUCAAGUGCUGGGAGCUUACCUGGCCUCUGGCCUGGUCUUCCUGGUCUACUAUGAUGCUAUCAUGGACUUCAGUGGAGGGAAUUUGACAGUGUAUGGGGCUAAUGAGACGGCGUCCAUCUUUGCCACCUAUCCCGGAGAGCACCUAUCUCUCAGCAGCAGCAUCCUAGACCAGGUGGUGGGCACUGCCAUGUUGAUGCUCUGCAUUCUCCCAUUGGAUGACCAGAAGAAUAGUCCUGCCCCCGACGCUCUGAUCCCGCCCAUCGUUGCCGUGGUAGUCCUGGGGAUCGGCAUGUCGAUGUCGUCCAAUUGCGGCGGAGCGAUAAACCCUGCCCGUGACCUGGGGCCACGCCUCUUGACACUGACCGCCGGCUGGGGCACUGAGGUGUUCACGUGUUAUAACUACUGGUUCUGGGUUCCCAUGAUGGCUCCUCUGCUGGGAGGGAUGGUGGGCUCUGGGAUGUAUCUGGUCUUCAUCGCAUGGCACCUGCCCGACCUUCCAACGAACCCCCCCAUAGACAGCUUCUCUACCAAGCCCACCACGGAGGUGUGGACGCAGCCCCCAGCACCAGAGAAGGAAGGGGUGGAGUUGAAAACUGCUGUGUUCUAGAAAGGGUAGAGACAGUCAGGCCGACUGUUGAAGUGACAAUGUGCGCAUUGAGCGGAAAUCUUUUCAUUUGAAUCACUGAAUUCCAACUGACUUGCAAGAGACUCCUACUAGAUGUGACCCACUGGGCAAAAACUGGUGAAUCAACGUUGUUUCCAUGUCAUUUCAACCCCCAAAAUGAAUGGGAUGAUGUUGAAUCAACGUGAAAAACUGAUUGGAUUUGCUUAAACCCAUCAAUAUAACGGCAUUUCAUCUUAUUUUCACCCAACUUUUCACCUAAUUCCAAUGUUGUUGAUUUCACGUUGAAUUCACUUUAGUUGACAACCCAACCAUAUGUCAAUCAAAACUAGAUGUUGAACUGACAGCUUUGCCCAGUGGUGAGACAUUUCUCUGGCUGUUUCCUAUAGGAGAAAGGACAUGCUAACAGACUGAUGGGAGAACAUUUGUCCAAGCCUCCUCUCCUGUCAUUUUGUUCUAUUGAGAUGCUACUGCUGAUUGAGGAUCAGGUGUAUAUAUUAGUAGUGAGCUUCAAAAACACACAGUCAGAGGUGAAAGGAGAAAUUGAUAUUAUGAUUAGAGCCAGGCGUUCUGGGUGUUUUUUGAGGGUUUUAUCUUUGACAGGUAUUUACAACAUUAUCCACUGGGUUUGCUGCAGGCAGAAAAUCCAAGGAAAUGCUCUUUAAUUGAAACGAGCUGUCUCCAAUCAAUAAUUAAUUGUUUGGUUGUGAGUGAGUGAGUGAGUGAGUGAGUGAGUGAGUGAGUGAGUGAGUGAGUGUUUCGGGGAGGUGUAGCUCAAGCCAGGGGAGGCGUAGCUCUACACAAAGUAAUUGCACAAAGCCUAUUAUUUGUCAGAGAAUGCUAUUUGUAUACUGAACAAAAAUAUAAACGCAACAUGUAAAGUGUUGUUCCCAUGUUUCACGAGCUGAAAUAAAAGAUUCCAGAAAUGUUCCAUACACACACACACAAAAAAG